ACUCUCAUAAAGGAAAGUUCACUGGGCGACUGUCUGUGUUUGAUUAUACCAAAUUGUUACCGAGCAGUCCACGCCUCCGUACCCCCAAUAAACGAGGCUUCCUCCGGACACUCCUAAAAGAACUCUCCCCUGUUAAAGUGUCUCUGCGCGUCUGUGCACUGACAAUGGCGCUGUGUUGUGAGUCGAUGCGAUAUCCUGAGAACAGAAGACCGGCCAGUCGCAAGUUUGUGGAGCUCCAUGUGCUGUUUGUUCCAGAAGACCAGUGGAAUGUGAAGCUCAAUAAGGUCCCUGCCGAAGCCAUAGAGAGCUUCACAUCUGCCGGCUUCAUCAGGGUGUAUCCUGAAACCACCCUGAAAACUCUGAGGAGCGAGCUGGGAGCUCUUCUUGGUCCUGAGAGGCACUUCGAAAGAUUUUCCUUCCUCAAAUGUGUGGGACGCAGUUUGGCUCUAGUCAAGAGCAAACAGGAGAAGGAUCUGAAAGUGAAAACAUUUGCUCCACCCUAUGCUCCGCAGCCAGAGCUUUACCUGCUUCCCACUGUGGAGAUCGACAGCAGUGUUUGCUCCCAGUCGCUCAUCACAGACACCAGCAGCAGCUCCCCAGACCACCAGACCUACAACCACCCUCCCGAGACGUGCACCCUGCCAGCAGGAACAAAAGAGCCUGUUAAAUUCCCCCUCAUCCCCCAGUGUUCCCAUAAGCCACCUCCCACUCCAAGCCUGGAAGAGGAGGAAGAACAUGAGGAGCAGAGCUAUAGUUCUUCAGAGGCAGAAGGAGAACAUGAAGAGGAGGGUCUCUCUUCCAACCAGUCACAGUGGGCUGAUCCGGGAUGUUGCCCGAGGAAGCCUCAUAUUCAAAGGACAACACAGCUCGUUUCACAGAAUAAAGGCAACAUUACAGCUUCACAACAACGUGAAGCUGAUUCAGCUCAGGUGAAGGAGUCGCCUGAGAACAAAGACAAAGACACCUGCAAAAAGAAGAAACAGUACCAAAGGCAGAACAGAGCGCCUCUGGAGGACAGAGAUUCAGGCUUCUCCCUCACAGACGGGCUCUGCAAAUCGAAAGAUGUACGUGCAUUGAAGUCCAUCAGGACUAAACCAACAAGUGCGGUGACAGAUCGUCCAGUUGGGUUGUCUCGGUGUGUUGCUCUCGCCUCUCCCCCUCCAGGUCGAGCCUUCCCUGUGGCCACUCAAAAGACCACGGCCUCUCCCGUCUUUCAGACAAACAGAGAGGAACUGAUUGAGGAAAUCAAGCUGGUGAGGGAAGAGAGAAAGAAACUGGAGUGGACAAGGCAAGAGUUGCUCAGAAAAGGGAAAGAUUUGUUGUCUCAAAACCGACAUCGCAGGAACCAAGCACGUGACAGUUGGAAAAAGAAAUAUUUUGAGACCAAGAAGGCCACAGCACCAUUGGAGGAAAAUCUGAGAAACCUCCGACAGGAGUUGGAGACACUUUACAACAAACUCUUGCACCAGCUCCAGGCCAGAGAUAACAGAGGGAAGCCAUGGCGACAGGGCAGAUCUUCCGUAAAGAAUGAGCUCAUCAUUCAGAUCAUGACAGAGAGCCAUGAGAUUGACAACCUGAAGAGGAAGGUAGAGGAUUCUAAGAUGAAGCUGGUGACAGAGAUAAAGUUGAGGAAACAGGCUGCCACGGAGCUGAAGGCCCUGAAGGCUGAGCUGGCCCAGAAGAAGAGUCAGUCCUCUCGUCCUGGUCCUACGUCAUCGCUGUGCUUCGGAAAGACCACACGGGACAGACCACAAGUUCAAAGCACCUCCAUUUAAUUCAGUACAUACAGACUUUAAACCAAAAUCCUUUGGUUGGACAACAGUUGAUUUGUUCGAUUUUAUGCUGCUAAAUGUAGUAUGUUGGUACUUUUACUUUGACAUUAUUUGUGCAUGUACAUUUUUGGUACUGUUUUAAUUAAGAAUUUCUCAGGUGCUGUGAGCUAAAGACCCACAGACCCGCUUGUUUCCAUUUUCUAGAGUUGUAUUUCUAGGGUGAGACAGCAGGUUAACAGUAUAUGCUGAUAUGCUCCAAAAUACCACGUUAAGAAACCAAGGCAUUGAAGAACACCAAAGAAAAAAAUCAUGCCAUUUUCUUUACGAAUUUUAAGAUAGAAUUUACCCGUAGUCACAAAUUGUGGUAACUAGAUGGGCAGAUAUAAUGUUAUCUUAUCAACGUGAUGUUACUUACCUUUUUGUUGGAUUCCAGAAAGGAGGAUGAACAAUGAUUAAUUUGACGGUAGACUACUGUUUUUUGCCUAGAAAUGAUCUCUUAAAGUUAUAUAUUGUUGUAAAAAUGUCAUUAGAAGCCAUAGUUCAGCAUGCCAUAAAGCAUGUCAUAAAAAAAAGUAAAUAAGGUAUACCAUUAAAAUAUAAUAUGGUAUUUUAGAAAAAUAAGUCAUAUAGACAUAGUAUAUUUGGAGAAAUGUCACAAGAAGGUAAUCGUAAGUGCUUUAAAAAAAGAAAAUCAAAAAACCUACUAUAAAAUGUGCCCCUCUGCUUGGUUGCUGGUCUGUAGAAAGGAUGCAUGAAAAGACUGCGGCACAGCGAGGAAGAAAGGAGAGACACAACAACAAUGGAAUAGGAAUCCUGAGGGUAAAGAUAGAAACUAAAAUCAAAGGGGAAAGUUAAAAGGGUGGGGGUAAGUGAUGGAGGGGUAAAGGUGGUAGAACAACGAAAUAAAAAUAAAGAGGAUACAAAGAUAAAAACGGAUUUCUGACAAUUGAUUCUUCCGCAUGCAUUGAUGCUUAUAUAUCUCUGCUUCCUUUUGUGCAUUUCAGUUUCCUGUAUGCUUUACCAGUGAGCCGGUAUGUUCACCGGGACCAAUUUUCAGAUAACGGUUGUCAUAUUUUGUCUUGGAGCUUUUUGGGAUCUGUCUACAGAUACAAAUUGUCAAAUUAGGUAAACUGCAUAUAUUGUCUGGAAGGAGGUCCCACAAACUCAAUAUAUUUUCUUCACUGUAGAAAUUCAGAAUGUGCCUUUUUAUCUUGCUGCAUAAUAUGUCCACGCAUCCUGACUAGAACACUAUCACCUGAAGGAAAAUCUCACACACCUCAGCAUUGGGGGGGGGGGGAUUCCAGCCUGAUAUUCCUCAGGAGGCUUAACCUCCUUGCCCUCUAUGGGUCGGCUGGACACUGUCCCUUUGGGGAUCCUAACCUGUGCUUGGUUACCUUUUACCAGUCAUUAAGAGGAAAAGGCCCUCUCACAGGUUGUGAGGGUGCAACGUGAUCAUGGAGUCUCCAUUAAUGUCAAUUGAGAGACUAGGUUGUUCGUCAUGGCAGGAAGGAAAUUGCUUUAUCAUCAUCUUCUGCAGCAGAAAACGAAGAAGGAGAGUCCAACCCCUCUGAAGACUUCCUGUAUCAUGAAAGUGCACGUUGGUUCUUGGUUCUUCUAACAGUUCUCACAUUGCUUCUGGUGAUUUUGCAUUUUUGCUUUCAUUUGACUAUUUUAACAUUUAGUCAUUCAUUGAUAUGAACCAAAGCAAACCAACUAUGGGUUUGAAAAGACUGUAAGAGCACUAAUUGUUAAGUGUUGGGGUUGGGAUCAUUUGCCCUUCGCCUUGUUCCACAACACACUUAUUCCAUUAGCUAGGUGAAAACUGGCCUCCGAGUAGUGUUUCACUGCAUCAAAAUCCACUUAGCGGCAUCUUAAAGGGGAAAGUGACACCGGAAUGGCAUCACAAGCUGCAGCUGUAACAAUGGCACAGAGUUCAAGAAAAGACAAUCACAUCUCUCCUGUAAUCACUUUUACCAGUCAGGGGG